AUGAGAAUGCCUGCAACACGCUACAACAACAGCCUCAACAGCUCCACGAAGUCCGACCCCUCGUCGUCGGCCGAGUUCCCUUCCUCACGCGCCCUGACCAAGAAAAAGGAGGCGGCUCCGGUGAAUUUCACCUCCAUGGUCAGGAAACUGGUGGAGAGCAAGAAAACGGCCAAGAAUUCGGACAGGGGACCCAAGUUCGUGGUGGCCUCCGACCUCGUGGCGGCCGAUCUGAAGAAGAAUCCGAAGAGGGCAGCCGGAUUGGGUGGGCUCCACAAGAAGCUGUUCAAAGGGUCGUCUUCCGGGUCGUCGUCAGGGCCGAAAAGGGUAGACGACGGCUGUAAGAAGGCGCUGACUGAGGUGAAGAGCAACACGAGGACUCUGGCAAUGGUGCUGAGGAGUGAGAGGGAGCUAUUGAUUCAGAACAAGGAGCACGAGGAGGAGAUUUCGGAGCUCAAGAUGUUGCUCGAGGAAAAGAAUCGAGAGGUUGAGAAAUUGAAAGACUUGUGCUUGAAGCAAAGGGAAGAGAUAAAGUCUCUAAAAAGCGCUAUUCUCUUCCCAGAUGUUUUGAACUCGCAACUUCAGGACUUAUUGGAUAAGCAGGGGUCAGAGCUAAAACAGGCAAAACAGCUAAUUCCAAGUCUUCAGAAACAGGUCACUUCUCUUACAGGCCAACUGCAAUGUCUUGCCGAGGAUCUUGCUGAGGUGAAGGCAGACAAGUAUUCCUCUGGAAGGGGAUUAUUCGAUAAUCAAUUUAGCUCCCCAAGAACACCAUCGUACGAUCAAGAGGACGCUGCGAAUUCUCUGUUUGAUCAAGUAUACAGCUCGGGUGAUUACACGACCCCAGACAGCCCAGAUGACAUGUUCCUCAAAGAUUUGAAUCCCUGCCUAACACCUUAUUCUAAGUCAAAAUCCAAGGAAUUUAGUGCAUACAAUUCCCCUGAUGAUAAAUUUGUCUAUGGCACCUGUGCAACUAAGCUGUCAAGAAGCUCGGAAUCUUGCCAAUCUUCCAUGUCUGGGGACAGCAAAUGUACGACGCGUGGAAAGCCGAUGCAACAAAGACGUUAUUGA